AUGCACAACAACGGUUCCCUGGUCUGGUGUCAGAAUCACAAGCAAUGCUCUAAGUGCCUGGAGCCCUGCAAGGAAUCCUGGGACCUGCGGAAGGAGCGCUGCCAGAGCUUCUGCGAGCCUCUGUUCCCCAAGAAGAACUACGAGUGCCUGACGAGCUGCGAGUUCCUCAAGUAUGUGCUGGCUGUCAAGCAGGGCGACUGCCCCGCGCCCGAGAGGGCCAGCGGCUUCGCGGCCGCCUGCGUGGAGAGCUGCGAGGUGGACAGCGAGUGUUCUGGCGUGAAGAAAUGCUGUUCAAACGGGUGUGGGCACACCUGCCAGGUGCCCAAGACGUUGUACAAAGGCGUGCCCCUGAAGCCCAGGAAGGAGCUACGAUUUACCGAGCUGCAGUCCGGGCAGCUGGAGGUCAAGUGGUCGUCCAAGUUCAACAUCUCCAUCGAGCCGGUGCUGUACGUGGUGCAGAGACGGUGGAAUUACGGCAUCCACCCCAGCGAGGACCACGCCACACCCUGGCAGACGGUGGCGCAGACCACGGAUGAGCGGGCGCAGCUGACUGACAUCCGGCCCAGCAGGUGGUACCAGUUCCGAGUGGCGGCCGUCAACGUGCACGGGACCCGGGGCUUCACGGCCCCCAGCAAGCACUUCUGCUCCUCUAGAGAUCCAUCCCCACCGCCAGCUCCCGCCAACCUCCGGCUCGCCAACUCCACCAGCAACAGCGACGGCAGCGUGACCGUCACCCUGGCCUGGGACGUCCCCGAGGAGCCGGACCUGCCGGUGCACCACUACAAAGUCUUCUGGAGCUGGGCGGCCGGCAGCACGGCCCUGGUCCCCACGAGGAAGAAGCGGAGGAAGACCACGGACGGGGCCCAGAGCGCCGUGGUCCUGGAGGGGCUGCAGCCCGACUGCGAGUACAGCGUGGAGCUGCAGGCCGUCGCCUACUGGGGGCAGACGCGCCUCAAGAGUGCCAAGGUGGCCCUGCGUUUCUCCUCCGCGCCCCCCGCCAGCAACAAAGAACAGCUUGGGAAAACCAGGAAAGGCGUGAUUCGAACACAGCCCCCUUUCCAGAGACGCCGACUCGGCCGCUUGCUGGAAAUUGGCUCCCCCUUCUACCAAGACAACCAGCUGCAGGUCAAGGUGUACUGGAAAAAGACCGAAGAUCCCAGCGUGAGUCGCUACCAUGUGCAGUGGUCUCCAGAAGCCUGUACCCACAAUGACACCUCCAGGCCAGAGGCAUCAUCAGGCACGACCCAGGAAAAUUACAUGAUUCUUCAAGAUCUAUCUUUUUCCUGCAAAUAUAAGGUGACCGUGCAACCCACACGGCCCAAGGGCCGCCCGAAGGCCGAGACGGUUUUCUUCAGGACCCCGCCUUGCUCCGCCCUGCAGGGGAAAAGCCGCACGCACGUCAGCUGCCCCGGGGAAGCAGGUCCCGCUCUGUCCAAAGUGCUGGCCAAGCCCGAGAACCUGUCUGCCUCCUUCGCGGUCCAGGACGGCAACAUCACCGGCCACUUUGCCUGGAAGAUGGCCAAGGCCAACCUCUACCAGCCCAUGACCGGCUUCCAGGUGACAUGGGCGGAGGUGACCACGGAGAGCAGACAGAACAGCCUGCCCAACAGCAUCAUCUCGCAGUCCCAGAUCCUGCCCGCAGAUCACUCCAUCCUCGCCGUGCCCAGCCUGAGGCCGUCCACCCUGUACCGACUGGAGGUCCAGGUGCUGACCACAGGGGGCGAGGGGCCAGCCACCAUCAGAACCUUCCGGACGCCCGACCUCCCGCCCCCAGCGCACAGACCCCACCUGAAACAUCGCCACCCCCAUCACUACAGCUCCUCUCCGGAAAGGUACUGAGCCGCUCUGGACUCGCCCUGGACUCGCGGGCGGAAGCGUGGGUGCUCCCACGGGACCCCUCCCGGGUAACCCCUCUCCAUCCCCGCUGCCUCUGGAAACGGCGACAGACACGAGUGAAGGACACUGGCCACCCGUCUCCUGCGAGAGCAGAGGAAACGCAGACUCGGCUGGGAACUGCGGAUCCCGUUCCACGUGUGGUUUUGCUGAUUAAUCUCCACCGAAUUCUCACAGGACUGAGACGCGGGUGGGAGCUGCAAACUCGGAUCAAACCCCUGCAGCCAGCACGCAGGUUCAUGCACAAACCAAGCGUAACAUUAAUCAGUGGAACUUGAAAUUAAAUGACUGGUUUCAUUUA